AACGGGAGCUCUUUGAGCUCAGGUGCGGAUUGCUGGAUCUUGAAUAAUUCAAAGGUGGUAUUACUUUUCUUUUAAAUUGAGUUGGAAAAAUAAUACGCGGCGGAGUACCGAACUCCGCGUUUAUUCAAAUACAUAAUUAACACUUUUUCUAUUUUAUGCAUGUGUGAGUUACGGAGUCACACGUGCGGAAUAUAGGCCUGCUACCGGAGUGUUCGAGAACUGUCUCGUAUUACAUUCCAGACCAUUCAAAUAAGAAGAGAAGGAAAUUGGAAAACUCAGUGGAAAGUACGUUCCAAGUUUGUUGAAAUGAAGAACCUCCCACCCGCCGUCAACGAUUCUGAAUCAUAUUAUAACGUUUCGCAAACUUUAAAGACUCUUCUUCUCCCUCUAAAUAACUGAAAUUCCCGAGUGAUGUCACAUCGUACGAAUAUACAACGUACGAAAUAAAAUCCACACGAUUGUGAGAAGUCUGCAAUCCGCCGUACAACUUUCGCACUUAUUAUGAAUAACUUAUGACCAUAGGUCCGAUAUAAGAACCCCAUAUGCUAAAAAAAACCAACAGAUUCGAAUAGGGACCAGAAUAGUCUAGAUCGUGAUCUUCGACCCGCGAUUUCAUCGUUUCGUCGGUGAAUAGAAAUGGAAAAUGAGAAACGAAUCGACAGCGAAAAGAAUUUUUCGCCUCUCUCGGCUAUCGCGGGAAAACUGGAAACAUCUCGCGAAGAAUUUCGACCAGUCAAGAGAAAUUAUGCAAACUUCAACUUUCGGUUACUGCAGAUGCUCGGUCUUUGGAACCCGUACGACGAGGGUAUUUUGUCUUGGCUGUACGGAUUAUACACGAGCACGGUUUACUCGAUUCUGGUGAUCCUUUAUACGUUAUUAGAAGUCGUGGACGCCGCCACUAUUACGAACGACUUGCAACUCUUCACGGAGAAUAUCUGUUUGACAAUGACUCAUUUAGCCGGUAUAGCUAAACUGACUAAUUUACUGAUGAGGAAAGCGAAGAUCCGUGCAAUGGUAGAAAUUUUGGAAAUAGAUCUUCGCCAGAGAGAUGAAGGAGAAAUAGGAGAAGUACAAGAUAAAGCGAUUGCCGGAGCGAUACGAAAGAGCAAGACGAUCACUAAAAGUUUCUUGGUUUUGAUAGGUUUUACCGCCACUGCGGGAAUGACCUAUCCGUUUUGGGAUCAAUCUUACAAAGAAUGGAAAUUCCCGUACAGAUGUUAUUUCCCGAUGCAAACGAACCAUUCAAUGGUCUAUUGGCCCGCUUUCGUCUUCAUUGGGAUAAGCGUGACCUUACAAGCUCUGAUGAUACUGGCACAUGACGCGUUGUUCAUCGUUUUCAUGAUCCACAUCGUAAGCCAGAUAAAUAUUCUCAAAAUAAAAAUCGAAACGCUCCACAAGGUUCGCAGCUUCGAUAAAACCGGCGAACAAACUUCAGGAAUAAUCGAAAUCGCCAGAAGAAAGGAUAACGAGGCGUGGAAUACCACCUUGAACACGUGCAUCAAAUACCACCAAGGAAUCAUAAAGUUAGUCUCGGAAUUGGAGGGCAUGUUCAGCAAUGUGAUAUUACUCCAGUUCGGCACGAGCCUCAUCAUCAUUGGCUUGACCGGCUUUCAAGUGACCGUGUCAGCGCAUCGCGGAGGGCGGUUUUUGCCGAUGUUAGCGUAUCUCUGUUGCAUUCUACUCGAACUUUUAUUGUAUUGCUGGUACGGCAACGAGAUUAUCGUUGAGAGCGGAAAUUUAACGAAUGCGGCUUAUUCGAAUGGCUGGUAUCGCGGAGACGUGUCGUUCGGCAGAACUGUAAGGAUCUUCAUGGCGAGAACUCAAAAGCCGCUCGUUGUCACAGCUGGAAAUUUUUGUGACUUGUCCUUGGAGACUUUCUCCGUGGUAAGUUGUAAUAAAGAUAAAUAUAUAGUCAAGUGCAUGCCGCGCAUCCGAUGCCGCGCGAUUGGAAUCUUCUUGCUUUGUGUGCUUCAAAAGUAGGCAUAGGCCAGCCAUCCUCGUUGGCCGGGCAUAAUUAUUGCCUGAUUAUUGGUUGGCUCGGCAAUGUCGUAAGAGAGAUCACGAUUUACUUCACGGUGGCGGCAUCCAAAUGCUAUUGCGUGAAUUAAACAGGGAUAGUAUGCGCGGCCGCACAUUUUUUAUUUUCCC